UAAAAAACCGUAGAAGAAGGUGCUCUCCGCUGACAGUCCGCCAUGCUCACCCUGCUGCACCACUGUGGUCGUAACAUACUGACUUUCAGCACAAUUCAGGCAGUAAAUAAAAGUUACUACAGCUCACAGAUGGCUAAGCGCGUGGCCGUGGUGCUGGCGGGCUGCGGAGUUUAUGACGGCAGUGAGAUCCACGAGGCCUCCGCUGUCCUGGUCCACCUGAGCAGAGGAGGUGCGACUGUAAACAUGUUCGCCCCCAACAUUGACCAGAUGCACGUGGUGAAUCACCUGAAAGGCGAACCAUCUGAGGAGAAAAGAAACGUGUUGGUGGAGAGCGCAAGACUGGCCCGUGGAAACAUCCUGGACCUGUCCAAGCUCAGUGUCAAAGACCACGACGCUGUUAUAUUCCCAGGUGGUUUUGGGGCAGCAAAGAACCUGUGCACAUGGGCCGUGCAGGGGAAGGACUGCUCCGUUAAUGACGAGGUGAAGGCUGCGCUGCAGGCGUUCCACGGGGAGGGGAAACCCAUCGGCCUCUGCUGCAUCUCACCUGUCCUGGCUGCCAAGGUGUUCCCCGGCUGUGAGGUCACCGUCGGCAUCGAGAAUGAUGACAAGUAUCCCGACACUGCCGGCACCGCAGCCGCCAUCAACCAGUUGGGCUGUAAGCACGUGAGUAAGAGCGUCAGCGAGAGCCACGUGGACGAGAAAAACAAGCUGGUCACCACCUCCGCUUUCAUGUGCAACGCUCCAAUACACGAGAUAUUUGAUGGGAUUGGAUCGAUGGUGAAGGAUGUGUUGAAACUUGCUUGAUUGUAUUAAUACUCCAAAGAUGGUGGAAAAAGGAAGAAGAGAAUAAGGGCUGUCGUUUUAGAGAGCUUAACAGUAGCACUUCCAGAUAAAAUAUGUUUCUUGUAGUAUUGUGCACUUCAUGGUCUGAUUAAUUUUGCAGAAAUCUAAGACGGACUCAAUGUUAUGGGAUUAUAUUGUGAUGCAGCGGAUCAGUAACAUAAUGGCAAAUGUAACCAUUUAAAAAAAAAAAUCAACAGCAGCUAUUUUAUUGUACAAAAUACACAAUAAAAUAAAAAUUUCAAUUUUUCAGUUCUUUAUUUCUGAUUACAUGGAAGUAAAAAAAUAUGCAUAUAACAUAUUUACAUUAUGAUUCUUCAGGUAAAAAAACCACACUGAAAUAAACAAAGUAGACUUAGAAUGCUGAUUCAUGAUUUACCUAUAACACAAUAAGUGUACAUGACUGUACUAUGGAGGAAAAAAAAACAUUAAGAUGC